CACAAACAUUGGUUCCUACCAUGAGUAUUUAAGCGGUCGCUCUCUUUUCGAACACGUUAGUGUUUCAUCAGCAUCCACGAGCUUAAUCGAACUAUGUCAUCCACGAGGGAGCAAGCCUUUGGUUAUGCCUUCUUGCUCCAAAUAAAAGGGGAGGCUGCAUUGGCAGCAGCACUGAAUGACUACCUAAGCACUCGCAGCUACCUAGCUGGUUUUAGGUUUUCACAGGUUGACCAGAAAACAUUUAAGCUUCUCCACGGUCCCCCAGACCCACAUCAUGUCCACGCUCUGCGUUGGUACAGACACAUAACAUCACUGCAGCAGGACCAGAGCUCAGACAACAGCAAGAAAGGAAAGAGGUUGCAACCUCAGUGGUCUCCACCAUCUGGAACAGAUGUUCCCCAACUUCGACUCUACAACAGUCUCACUAGAGCAAAGGAGUUAUUUGUACCUCAAAAUGGAAAAAAGGUCACAUGGUACAGCUGUGGGCCAACAGUGUAUGAUGCCUCUCACAUGGGACAUGCCAGAUCAUACAUCUCUUUUGAUAUUCUGCGAAGGAUACUGAAGGACUACUUCAAGUAUGAUGUCUACUACUGCAUGAACAUCACAGACAUAGAUGACAAAAUCAUUAUAAGGGCACGUCAAAACUAUCUACUGGACCAGUACAAGGAGAAGCAACCCCAACCUGCUCAAAUACUGAAAGAUGUAUUGACUGCCCGAGUGCCCUUUCAGGCCCGCUUGAGUUCCACUACCGACCCAGAUAAGAAACAGAUGCUAGAAAGGCUUGAUGCUGCCAUCACGGCCGCUCUGCAGCCUCUGCAGGCGGCCUUAGAGAGUAAGGCUGCAGAUGACGUGGUGCAACCUCUAGGCCAGGCACUAUUGGCAAAUUCCAUGGAUAUGAUGUCUGACUGGCUGGAUGAUCAGUUUGGAAGUGGAGUCACAGACAACUCCAUCUUCUCAGUUCUACCUGCAUUUUGGGAGGGAGAAUACCAUAAAGACAUGGCUGCUUUGAAUGUGCUUCCUCCUGAUGUCCUGACUCGUGUGAGUGAAUAUGUGCCAGAAAUUGUGGAGUUUGUGAAGAAGAUUGUCUCAAAUGGCUUUGGGUAUGAAUCAAAUGGCUCUGUUUACUUUAACACUGCAAAGUUUGAUGGAAGUCCACAGCACUCCUAUGCCAAACUUGUGCCAGAAGCGGUUGGAGAUCAGAAGGCUUUACAGGAGGGAGAAGGUGACCUGAGCAUUUCUGCUGACAGAUUAAGUGAGAAAAUUUCCCCUAAUGACUUUGCUUUGUGGAAAGCAUCCAAGCCUGGAGAGCCUUCGUGGGACUCUCCAUGGGGAAAGGGCAGGCCUGGCUGGCAUAUCGAGUGUUCGGCCAUGGCUGGCUCCAUCUUGGGGGAGUCAAUGGAUAUUCACGGUGGGGGGGUUGAUCUAAGAUUCCCCCACCAUGAUAACGAGCUGGCUCAGUCAGAGGCUUUCUUUGAGAAUGAUCAUUGGGUCCGUUAUUUCUUGCACACUGGUCACCUGACAAUUGCAGGAUGCAAGAUGUCGAAAUCUCUGAAGAAUUUCAUCACCAUUAAGGAAGCCUUGGCAAAAAAUACAGCUCGGCAGCUUCGUCUCGCGUUCUUGAUGCAUUCGUGGAAAGAUACUUUGGAUUACUCCCCCAACACUAUGGAGUUAGUAGUCCAGUACGAGAAGUUCCUGAAUGAGUUCUUCAUGAAUGUGAAAGACAUUUUGCGUGCACCUACUGACAUCACUAGGCAGUUUGAAAAGUGGGAUGCAGCAGAAGUGGCGCUGAACAAAAGUUUUUUCGACAAGAAGUCAGCGGUCCACGAGGCUCUGUGUGACAACAUUGACACCCGCACGGUCAUGGAAGAAAUGAGACAGCUGGUUAGUCAGAGCAACAGCUACAUCGCCAGCAAGAAAAGUGCCAAAAUGGGACCAAACCGCAUGCUAAUGGAAAGUAUUGCCAUGUAUCUCACCAAAAUGCUGAAGAUAUUUGGGGCAAUUGAAGGAUCAGAGCCUAUUGGUUUCCCAGUGGGAGGACAUGGACAGAAUGUUGAUCUGGAGAGCACAGUGAUGCCUUUCCUCUCUGUCCUCUCUGACUUCCGAGAGCAAGUGCGAAAAAUUGCCAGAGAGGAGAAGGUCAUGGACUUGCUUCAGCUCUGUGAUGAUCUCCGUGAUGUUACAUUACCGGAACUAGGUGUCCGGCUCGAAGAUCAUGAAGGACUGCCAACUGUGGUCAAACUCCUGGACAAGGACAUUUUAGUGAAGGAGAGGAAUGAGAAAAUUAAGAUCGACGAAGAGAAGCAAAGUAAGAAAGCAGAGGCUGCCAAGAUAAAAGAAGAACAGGAGAUGGCCAAGCUAGCUAAAAUGAAGAUUCCGCCAUCUGAGAUGUUUCUUGCAGAAACUGACAAAUUUUCCAAGUUUGAUAAAGCGGGUUUCCCUACUCAUGAUGCUGAAGGGAAGGAACUCGGCAAAGGACAAGAAAAGAAACUGCGCAAGCUUUACGAAAGUCAGGAGAAGCUGUAUAAAGAGUAUCUUCUGAGCAAUUGAGUGCGCAGUCAGUGGAAGCAAAUAGUAAUUACAGUAAACCCUUUUCAAUUUUAGUUGUAUUGUAGGUGCUAUAUAUCGAUUUUUCUUUUUUGGACAAUAAUAUUGUAUUAGUUGAAUUUUUAAAGCCCAUUCACGCUUUUGGAAAUAACAUGGCAUCUUAUGUAAUUCAUAGUGUCAUCACUGUAUUUAAAUGACUUGCAAAUACUCUAAACGUUUUGGCUCGACUCGGGCAAAAAUCGCCUCGAGAUGAAUAAAAUUUGCGUAGUAGAAGAGCGUACUUAAAUCAGAAGGCAUAAUGGUAAAAUUAUAACUCAAAACUCCAAGAACCAACAAGAACAUUUUUCUUCACCUCGUCUUACAAUAGCGUACCGCACGCUACACGUCACUUCCGCUCAUUAAUAUUCAUGAUGUUAGCUAAUGUUGCUAAGGGGGGGACACGCUACCGUUUGUCCCCAUUAGUAAAUGAAUGGAAAUUGUGUGCGAAGGAGAUGUUUACAGAACUAAACCUACCAAUUCUGUCCGAAAAUGAUGUCCCUGGUGCCAAAUUCACCGGUAAAGAUGUGGAAGAACAUACAAAUGUUCAGUUAAAGAGAUGGCUUGAGUGCUGAGGGCUGAAAAAGACGAGCCGACCUGAUCCAGAGCUAGAUUUUUUAUCGAUACCUUUUUCUUACUCCACUGACAAUGACAUUCUCCUGUUUCAACAAUCUAUCCUUUACCACCAUAUGCCCCGUCUUUCUUAUAUAUUAUACCCUCUGGUUGUCUUACGUCUGACCGUUCUUUUGGGCAAUUUACAUUGCUAUUUUUGUGUAGCGAUCUCAAAUGCUACUCGUUGACAGCCAACGAACACUUUUAAUUUUUUUAUUAAUAACAAAUCUUCAUUCUAAAAUAGAAAUUAUUUACACUUCCCCCGGAUUAAGCGUUAGACAAUGAAUGUAUGGAUAUAGUAGAAGUAGAGACCACCAGAUUCCAAAUUGGCUCUAUUGUUAGCUCAUUUAGCUCCGUGAAAUCACAAGAUUGGGCUCAGUAUUUUCUUCUUAGCUUCCGCUUUUGCUCAUCAACUUUUUAACUGUUUCAUGUAUUGAAUCUAUCGAUAUAGAACUGUAGAGUGGAAAAUAAAUGUGGCAUGUACAAAAACUGCCUUGGGUGUGUGUCUGAUAAGUGGGAUUUCCUACUUUGUUUCGUCACAUUGACAUAUAAAAACACUUUUGUUUCCCAAAAAGUUUGGGUCUGUGGUCACGACCACUUUUAUUGUUGUACUCUUUAAUUAGGUUCAUAUUCAUGAGAAAUGUGGCCCUUUGCCCCAUUCAACUAAUCUGUUUGGUCUUAUUAAUGUCCCGUCCCCAGCAAAAAGUGUACAUGCAGGUUAUGCUGUUAUAUCGUCCUUACCAAUGUUGAGACCAAACCUACGCCCUUGCUUUAAUGCCCAGUACUACUACUAGUCCUUCUCAAAAA